AUGGGGAUGGAAGAUCUGAGCGUGGAAGUUCUCACCAACAUUCUGCAGUAUCUCGGCCUGAAGACUGUGAUAGACCUGCGACUCGUCUCCCGCUUUUUCAACCGUCUGAUCCUGGUUAAUCUACCGCACUUCAAAAAGCUCAGCGUGGACAUGAGUGAUGUCCUGAUUGCCAAGUUGCUCUAUGAAAAGAUCAUCAAUGACACUGAGCUCUUCGCCAGGGUGGAGAAGAUUGCGGAGCAUGUUAACCUCACUCUGUCGAAGUAUGGCAACAGCAAGCAUAGCCCUCGAAACAUCUUGGAUUCCCUUUCCGAUGCCCUCACGUACUGCUGUGGUCGUUCCUGGGUGACCAAGAACAUAAGGAAGCCCUUGGAUUGGACCGACGAUUGGGGUGACGAUGAGACCAUGGUGCUAGCCGCCUGGCUUCGAUGCUUAAGCACUGUUCAAGGGCUGCUGGACAGCGGACGGAAUAUUGACUUGCGCCAUCCACACCUUGGCAGUCUGAUGUAUGCCGCCGCGUACAACGACGAUGAGGACCUGGCCGACAUUCUGAUUGAACGGGAGAUGACUCUUCAAUACUCCGAAGGAGCAUACGGCGAUCCUCUGCAGCUGGCUGCAUAUCUGGGCUCUGAAGGCGUAGUCACCCAGCUUCUCCUGUCGGGUCUAACUCUCCUCGCCAAUGCCAUCUCCGUUGGCUACGGUCCAUUCGGGGGUCCUCUCGGAGCUGCCGCCGCAGCCGGAAACCAAGGAUUGAUCGGCCAGCUGAUCUAUGAGCUGCAGAGCUCCGAGAUCAUCGGUCCUGAUUCUAAAACGCCCCUUCACUACGCCGCACGCAACGGACACGCCGAGACGGUGAGAGAACUCCUGAGAACAGAGCCCGACUCAGACUACGCGGAAGAUGAUGACGGCUACAGUGCGCUCGACCUCGCUGUCAAAGAGGGCCAUCUGGACGUCAUCAAAGUCUUCCUGGACUCCCUUGCUCCGUCCGAUGUUCGGGAGACGCUGGCUCUUCAAUAUGCCUGCUGGUUUGGACACAAGGACAUCGCCAAGACCCUGAUGGACGAGUGCGCGGUUCCCCCGGAUACUUGUAACGGCGAGAUGCCACCCGCCAUCUUCUGCGCUGCCCUGCGAGGCCAUUUUGAGAUCGUGGAUAUCCUACUCGCGCAUGACCAGGGCGGAAUCGACUUUCAAGACCCCACCCUUCCAUACAACCUGCUGACUCGGCUGGCCGAGAAGGGCUGCGCGAGUAUGCUCGAGCAUAUUCUGGCGUCCGGAAAGAUGGAUGUCAACGACCCCGACGAGUGCCAGGAUACCGCGCUCCAUGUGGCGUGCAGAUACAAUCGGCCCAGGGUUGUGGAGUCGUUGCUUCAAAUCAAGACGCUGGAUCCGAACAUCGAGAACUCGGAGGGCGAAACGGCCUUGUCGAUCGCGUUGGAUGAAGAGCACGAUGACAUUAUUGAAAUGCUUGUGACUGAUAGUCGUGUAAACAAAUGA